AGACCAUGUUACUGUCUUACACACCCACACACACACACACACACACACAAAAACACACAUAAAAACAUAUGCCACGUCUGAAGUUUUCAGUAAUGACUCUGGCAGAAAGAUGGAUGUAACAGUCCUGACUCAUCUCCUCAUCUCUACAAUGACCUAUCCUGCACUGUCUGCUUCUACUGCAUCCAGUCCAGAUCCUGUACUGGGUAAAGUCACUGACAUUAAUUUAUUAUCCAUAACUGCACUCAUUAUAAUUGUCUCUCUUACUGUAAAUCAGUAACUUGAUGUUUUCAUCUCUUCAUGGUAUUACGCUCCUUCCUAUAUUAACUGAUGAAGAAUGCCAGCCAUGUCCACAGAACUGGACAGAUGUUCGGUGUCUUCCCGGUAACGUCACUGUACAGGUGAUCAGCAACAGUUCUUCGAAUUUGACCUGUCACAAUAACCUGCCUCCGGGCCUGAUCGACGGCUUCAAGUGGGCAAUAAACCAGAAUGUAAUAGCCGGGAACACCCAGAGCAUUUUCAAUGCGAAGAUCACGGACAAGAUGACAUUUACCUGUACUGUUCUGACUCCAUGUGGAAACUUCACUUCUUCCCCUUAUCAAACUGUAGGCCAUUCAAAUUCAGGAGCUAUCAUUCUGUUGAUCUGUGGAAUCGGCGCUGUUUUCGUCAUCCUCAUGUUCGGUAUCACCAUGAAGAUUAUGCUGAAAAGAGGAGAAGUUCGAAGACAAGCCAGGAGGCAACAGAGACAAGUGCAGAGCAAUGACAGCACUGCCACUGUCGUGAGCUACUGGUGAGAGAGGAAGAGAGAGUUAGUGUGCAGAUGCAGUGUAAUUAUUGAAUUUGUUUCAGACGAGCCUGUGAAGCUCAGAUAUAAUCAUUUUCCUCAAAAGGACGCUAUAUCUGCUCUUUAAAAAUAUAAUUGCUUGCUUAACCUAGUGACUGUGUGCUAAAACAUGAUGUUAUAGAUGUAUUUUUUAAUGGAAAUAAUUAUUUAAUAAAUAAAUAAAUCCAUACAAGCAUACACAGAGAACAGAUCAUUGAAAAUAUAAUAAAAUGAUUAUAUCUAAAUUCUUUGUUACCUUUGAGAUCAAAACACAAAUAUGAGAUGAUCCGAAUUUCAGCUUUAAUUUUCUCAUGUUCACAUUUAAACGAAACGUACGAAAGGUUGUAAGAUGAACAGAUGGAGAUGUAAAUAUCACAAAAUGGACACUGAAAUUCUGAUCUUUUGUCUUUUGGUUGAAACCCUAAAUGUCCUCAGUGUAUCACAAAAAAAGGAUUAAAUACAAUAUAAAAUUUGCAGUUGCGGUACUAGAUAGAUAGAUAGAUAGAUAGAUAGAUAGAUAGAUAGAUAGAUAGAUAGAUAGAUAGAUAGAUAGAUAGAUAGAUAGAUAGAUAGAUAGAUAGAUAGAUAGAUAGAUAGAUAGAUAGAUAGAUAGAUAGAUAGAUAGAUACUAGAGGAUCACAGUAAGCAACAGAAUGGUU